CAAAAUCUGCGCUAAGUAGAAAGUGGAGAGCAGCAACUCCCGCAUACUUUUUCCAGAUCCAUCAUCAAUCCUCACCUCACUGCCAGCAAAAUCCACGCAGAACUGCGAAGUGAAGAACAAAGACUGAAAACUGAAAAGCCUCUGCUCUUAGGGUUUUAACAUCCACCAAACGCACUCAAAUGGCCACGACGAUUCCACCCUACGGGCCGAACCUAGCCCUAGCGCCAGCUCCCUUUCCGGCCCGAACAACAACCACGAGCCGUCCUCUCCUACUUCAUCGAGCUUACCACAACUACAAACCUUUUCUUCGGGGCUCCAUGGCCGUGGCCCGGGCCGGGUUCAACUCUCCCGGGUUCUUCCCCGACCCUGAUGCCGCGGAGAGCGUGGUUAGAGACCUGUUUGGGCGAGCCGAGAGUUUGCUCUACACGAUUGCGGACGCCGCCGUUUCGUCCUCCUCCGACAGCGUUACCGGCGCGACCAAACAGAGCAGUGAUUGGCUUUCUGGAAUCACGUAUUACAUGGAGGUUGUGCUCAAGGUUCUAAAGGACGGGCUAUCGACGGUGCACACUCCGUAUGCUUAUGGUUUCGCUAUAAUACUAUUGACUGUUCUUGUAAAGGCUGCCACUUUUCCUUUGACAAAGAAACAGGUGGAAUCGGCAAUGGCUAUGCGCUCCUUGCAACCUAUGGCAAAGGCUAUUCAGGAACGGUAUGCUGGAGAUAAGGAAAAAAUUCAACUACAAACAGCUCGGUUGUAUAAACUAGCCGGCAUAAACCCGCUGGCAGGAUGCCUGCCUACGCUUGCCACAAUACCUGUAUGGAUUGGGCUCUAUAGGGCCCUUUCAAAUGUGGCGGAUGAGGGACUCCUUACAGAAGGCUUUUUCUGGAUACCCUCCCUGGCUGGUCCAACUACCAUUGCUUCUCGACAAAAUGGAAGUGGCAUCUCUUGGCUUUUCCCUUUUGUGGAUGGUCAUCCACCCCUUGGAUGGUCGGACACCUUGGCAUAUCUUGUCUUGCCCGUGUUGCUGGUUUUCUCACAGUACAUCUCUGUUCAAAUUAUGCAGUCAUCACAGAGUAAUGAUCCAAACAUGAAGAGUUCUCAAGCGAUAACAAAAUUCCUCCCUCUAAUGAUUGGUUAUUUUGCUCUUUCGGUUCCUUCUGGCUUAAGCCUUUAUUGGUUUACAAAUAAUAUAUUGAGCACUGCUCAACAAGUAUGGCUUCAGAAGUUAGGGGGUGCAAACAUUUCAACGAGUGCAUUAGCUGAAGAUUUCAUCAAGAAAGAUGAAUUCCAGAUUCAGAAGUCAGUCUCUGAAUUAAGUUCCACCAAAAAGGAGGCCAGAGAAGGAGAUAAGUUGACAUCAAAGGGGUUAAGUCCUGGUGAAAGAUUUAAGCAGAUAAAGGAGCAAGAAGAGGCAAGAAGACGACAAAAAGAAGAAGAAAAGAGGAAAGCUGAAGAGGCAGCGGCUAAAGGAACUCAACCAAUCAAUGAGGGGCAUGAGAGAGAAUCCGAGAGAGAAGCCAAAUUACUUGAGAGGGACAAUGGGGCUGGAGCUGGCUCAGUUGCUGAAAAUAACGAAAAGGCCCAGUCUGUGUCUACCUUUCACAAUCCUUCCAGUGUCGGCGUUGUUGUAAAUGGUGAUCUAUCUGGUCAGGACUCACAGGAAGAUCAGAAAACGGCGUCUAUGUUUAGAAUGGAAAAUGAUAAAGUUUCUAACAAUUCCAAGGUUGAUUGGAGCGAUGGGCAGCAAUCCUAUGAACAUGUGGAAAAGGAAACAGUUGAUGUAUACACUACUAGUACGACGAAGGAUAACAACCUUUCUGGAGAAGACACGCAUCAAGCCAGAAGGGAAUGAUCAGCUGAUCGGUGGGGGGAACCGAUGUCGCGAUGGUUUCAGUGUAACAACAUUGGCAAGCCUAGAUAUGUACACAAGUUAAGUGAAAUACAGACUGUAGCUUGUGAUGCAGUCCUGGUUGCAGCAGAAGUACACAGCUCAUGAAUAAUCAAUUCUGCAUCCAUGGUGGGAGUUAGUCUUAAUAUACUGAGAGUGAGAGGUCUUGUGAUUAGUUGGGGGUACAUUAUUGCUUUAGCAGAUGAAUGCCUGGACCAUAAGAUCUUGGUGGUUCUGUAUUCUUUUAACAUGAGCUCAAACCUACAAGUGAUUAGUUGGGCAUAUAUAUGAUCUGUAUCGACAGGAAUGUGAAACAUAGACUUUUUUUUUUUU